GUGACGCUCUUAUGCUCAUUUCAGCAAUCAGAGAUCUUCCACCCCUCCAGCAACCACCAAGCUUCCUUCCUUGAGCAAGUCAGCUUGCACUUUGCAUUCAAGGGAAAUUAUCGUAAGUACACGAGCAGCUAGUUUUGGACGCAACAAUACACAAGGUCCCAGCAGUUGCAGCGGAAACCAUGGCCACCCAGUUCCAUACCAUCGUUUGGCUUUCCAUCACAAUGAUCUUCUGUGCACACGUGAAUGCACAAGGUCCGGUGGCAGCACCAGGCACGGCACCUGUUGUGCCCCCUACCGUCCCGUCCUCAGCACCUCCUAGCGCUGCACCAACAACGGCAUCUGCUCCUUUGGUCGCAACGCCAUCGGUGACUCCAUCAUCUGUGCCUUCUGGAGCUCCUUCCACCACUCCAGACUCUGCUCCAGUGUCUGCAGCUAAGCUUUCUCCAGUGACCACGCCCACCUCUGCACCUGCCCCAGGACCGGCAACUGAGAAGAGCGCUUCAGUGACGAUGAUCGCAACCGGAUGGAGGACCCUUGUUGUGGCUUCAGGUGUUUUGGUGGCGACUGUAAUGUAGAGUCCAGGCAGUAGUGCUCAUGUAUCACAUGCCAAUAUCCCGUUGGUGGCAAACAUUAUUAGACUUUCGAUCCUCAGCAGUAGCAGAGGUAGAAGCACCAACAAACAUCACAAGCAACACCAAAUCCAACCCGAGGGUUCAUCAUCAUCAUCGAAUUUCAAGACAAUUUUCGAGCUAGUUCUUACAUUAUUGCUGGAUGGAGGUAGAAAAACUAUCCUUGGAAUUACAGGGCUGCAUAGUAAGUGGUGCACCUGUGGAGUCUUUGGAGUUCCAUUAAUCCAAGGCAAGAUUUGCGUGUGCACUGGCUCAGAGUUCUAGCAGGACUCUGCAUAUAGAAGUUUUUAAUCACUAGCUCCGGGCAGACUUCACCAACUUCUGUACCGAGGCACGAAAGGAUUUUGUAUGAUAUUCAUUACAGGGCUUUGAAUUCCCUGAUGACUCUGGCUGCAACUUUUACACAAAAAGCACUCACGGAUCAGACUCACAUCAUGUGGCUG